AUGGACACGACAGACACCGAUAUCAAGGACAAUACAAGUUCUUCCCAAAUUCAACCAUCAACUACCCCACCACCUCCUACUACGAUCAAUUCUUCUCCAAGCUCGUCUCCAUCAUGUGCAACGUUGCUUGUCAUAGAUGAUAGUUCGCAUUCAGAAGAAGAACUAGCACCCGCGACAGCAUCAGAACCAGUUGGACCUCGUGCCAAUGACAUUCCAGUUAAACCAACACCUACUCAAACUUCUGACAUUCCAGCACCAACAACUGUACCACCUUUUACACUCGAUACAAAUAAUACAGCUGAACAGCAACGGCGAAGAAAUUCUUCGAUAGCGAAACUACUCGGUGGUCAACCAUUGAAUAAUCAUCAAUAUGAAGAAAUUACUCAACAAAUUCUCGAAGACCAAUCAGCUCAAAGUACAAAUUACAAUACUGAUAGUGGUAUUGAUACUGGAAAUCAGCGACCGCGUAGUUCAAUUACUCGAACUUUGCUGAUGAAUCAUGAACGAGCAAAUAGUUUUGGUAAACUAUCGCCAAAGCCUUCGACAACCUCGUCACCAUCUGCACCACGAGACUUCGAUUAUUUAAUACGUCGCGAACCAGAUAAACCUGAAAAUGACUAUUCAUCAACUACACUUCAACGAAACAAUUCAGCCACACGAGUCAUGCAAAAUGUGAAUUCUCCAACUAAUCCAAAUGCUCAAUUUCCAAUCCAAUCAAAACUGAAACGUAAAAGAUCUCUGGUAGCGGCAUCGCUUCCAACACCCAAUAUUCCGCCAUUUUCGUUUCAUGAACCGUUCGAACUGGAAUCUUCAGGAACGAAUUCAACACAGUUGAUGCAUUCUACCCGUUCUCAAAACGAUUCACUGCAUUUCGAUUCAUCGAAACGUUCUCGUCAUUCAAAUUCGGAACCCUAUAAUCUCCCAGUGAAUAACUCCUCUACACCAUCGUCUUUUCCAUACUCAAAAUUCAACAUGAACUCGACACUCUAUGAUCAAUUUCGUAUUCAUCAAAAUUCUGCUCAUUCAAACACUUGUUCAACAUCUUGUAACUGUCCUCGGUAUUCGCAUUCGACAAAACUUGCCUUACCAGUCCCGGUGCCACAUUAUCCAGCAACACCAAGUCGUUCAAAUAGUAUCAGCAAUACGACACCAUCGGUAUCGCGUAAAACCAAAUCGAUGUUUGGUCAGAACGAUGAACAUGAUCCUCCACGUCAACGUUCGUAUUCGAAUUCAUUUAAUCAAUUGAAUUUAUCAUCAGCAUCAUCAUCGGAACCCAGUGUGCCAUUGAAGAAGCGUUUACUUCAUGCUUAUAACAAUGAACAGCGUCCUACUACACCACUGUGA